UCACGCUGCUGCAGGACGGAAACUCCACAAAACCCACUUUACCAAGUUCUGCUCCAGGUUCUGCAACAGAAACCACAACGUCUCCUCCUGCUUCUACUGUAACCAGCACAUCCACCAGGAUUACAACCAGGACCUGCUCCAACCAAUCAAAACCCAACCAGAGACGCAAGAUCCAGAAACCAGCAGCAAAUCCAAAACCAGAACCAGGAACCAAACCACGACAGAGCAGACGAGACCAGUGGAAAUCAGUAACGGCCGUUGGAAAAGUUUGAUGGGACUGCUGACGACAGCCACAUGCCUCUGAGUCCGGCUGCUGACACCAAACAUGAUCGCCCGCGGCAACAGGCGGUUACUAACGGCAACCCGACAGGCUCUGCUGUUGCCAGGGACGACGACGCGGAUGACCCGUCCCCUGGAAACAGCAUUGUCGUCCGCAUUGGCAUCCCGGACCUGCAGCAGACGAAGUGUUUGCGGUUGGACCCAGAGUUACCAGUUUGGACCAGUAAGCAGAGGGUACUGGUGACCUUGACUCAGUCUCUGUCGGAUGUUUUGAACUAUGGUCUCUUCCAGCCGGCGUUCAACGGCCGAGCCGGAAAGUUUCUGGACGAGGAGCGGGUGCUGAAGGAGUACCCUCUGCCCCCCAUCACCCCCAUCCCCUACCUGGAGUUUCGUUAUAAGAGGAGAAUUUACACUCAGACCUACGUGGACGAUAAACAACUGGCCAAGUUACACACCAAGGCCAAUCUGAAGCGUUUCAUGGAACAUGUUGCUCAGAAGAACGUGGAGAAACUUUCCAAAUGGCUGGAAAAAGGCCUGGACCCCAACUUCCACGACGCCGACACGGGGGAGUGUCCCCUGACGCUGGCCGUGCAGCUGGAGGACAGCUGUGAGCUGAUCAAAGCCCUUCGCAGCGGUGGAGCUCACCUGGACUUCAGGACCAGGGACGGUAUCACCGCUCUGCACCGAGCCGUCCUCUGCAGGAACAGCGCCGCUCUCACUACGCUGCUCGACCUCGGUGCGUCUCCGGACUACAAGGACAGCAGAGGUCUCACUCCCCUCUACCACUCUGCCAUGGUGGGGGGCGCCCCCUACUGCUGCGAGCUGCUACUGCAGGACCACGCCACCAUCGGGAUGACUGAUGAGAACGGGUGGCAGGAAAUCCACCAGGCAUGUCGCUAUGGUAACGUGCAACACUUGGAGCACCUGCUGUUCUAUGGGGCUGACAUGAGUUCCCAGAAUGCAUCAGGAAACACAGCACUGCAUCUCUGUGCGCUCUACAACCAGGACAGUUGUGCCCGAGUGCUGUUGUUCAGAGGAGCGAACAAGGACAUCAAGAACUACAACAACCAGACGGCCUUUCAGGUGGCGAUCAUUGCUGGGAACUUUGAUUUGGCAGAAAUCAUUAAAAUCCACAAAACCUCUGAUGUUGUACCCUUCAGAGAAACUCCCUCCUACACCAAACGCCGCCGCGGCGGGAGCAGGACGUUAGCGGGAAACGGUCUCUCAUCUCCACGUUCUCUGAUUCGCUCAGCCAGUGACAAUGCCCUUGAAAGCCCCGCCUCCUCACCUGGCCCCUCCCUCCAAAGCCUGGAGACUCACCACGACACGCACACACACUCACUACGACGUCACACACGGCGCCUCAGUCGUCUGUCUGUCUGCAGCCCGAGCGCCGGAGGUCAUGUGGAGGCCAGUCCCCCGCCUUCCCCUCCCCCGACCCCCCAGAUGAGGAAGAGGAGGCUGUACAGCGCCGUACCGGGACGCACCUUCAUCGCCACCCGGUCCCACGUCCCCCAGGGGCCUGGCGAGAUCCAACUGCACCGAGGAGAGAGGGUGAAAGUUCUGUCUAUAGGUGAGGGGGGGUACUGGGAAGGCAGUGUUAAAGGAAGAACUGGUUGGUUUCCUGCUGACUGUGUUGAAGAAGUUCAGAUGAGACAAUACGACCCUAGACUGGAGACGAGGGAGGAUCGCACCAAGAGACUGUUCAGACAUUACACUGUCGGAUCCUACGACAACUACACCUCCUACAGUGACUACGUGAUCGAGGAGAAGGCGGCCGUGCUGCAGAAGAGGGAGAGCGAGGGAUUCGGCUUCGUCCUCAGAGGAGCUAAAGCUGAGACGCCCAUCGAGGAGUUCGCCCCGACGCCGGCGUUUCCUGCUCUUCAGUACCUGGAGUCAGUCGACCAGGGGGGCGUGGCCUGGAGGGCAGGGCUACGGACUGGAGACUUUCUCAUAGAGGUGAACAGUACGGACGUGGUGAAGGUGGGUCACCGGCAGGUCGUCUCUCUGAUCCGACAGGGAGGAAGUCGCCUGCUGAUGAAAGUCGUGUCUGUUUCCAGGAAAUCAGAAUCCAACCUCAUCAGGAAGAAAGCCCCGCCCCCUCCAAAACGAGCCCCCAGCACUUCGCUAACGCUCCGAUCCAAGUCCAUGACUGCUGACCUGGAGGACAUCGCCAGAAGGAGACGCUACGAGAAACUGGAUGAGAUGUUGGCCAGCGGGCAACAGGAAGUCGUCCUGAGGGCGCGGCCUGCGGACGACUUCAGAGCGGCGACGGUCAAACAGCGACCGACCAGCAGACGGAUCACACAGGCUGAGAUUAAUUCUCUGUUUGAGCGGCAGGGUCUAGUUCCCCCCUCAGCCCCAGAGAAGAGCACCAUGGCUUUACCCAGAGGAAUGUCCAGAACCAAGAGCUUUGGCACACCUGAGGACGACCGGGUCUCAGCCCUGAUCAACGAGAAUAGGUUUCCACGGAGCUCCUCGCUGACGGACAGCUUCAUCCCUCCUCCUCCUCAGACUGCUCCUCCCCCUCCUCCUGCCGCCACCUCCCCGCUCUUCCUACUCGACUCUGGACCUCCCCCCUCCUUCCUCCCUCCUCCUCCCCCUGCCCGGGGAGAGGGGCUGACCCGCUCCAGCUUCAAGCCAGGGGCGGAGCCAAGGCUGCAGGAGCUCUCUGACGCUCCGUCAAGAAGCCACUCCCACGCCGAGCGUCAGAGGAAAGCGAGGUCAAUGAUCAUCCUGCAGGACACGCCCCCGUCGCUGCAGCCUGAUGCACACGCCGUCGCACCCCCGCAUGCGCUGCACUCUGCCACACACACCGCCAUACACACCUCCACGCUCUCUCUCCACAGCACCAGCCCUGCCCUCGGCCACUCACCACUGUCACGCCGCAGGGGUCGACCAAUAGAAAACCCUUAUGCUAACGUGGGACAGCAGGCUCCACCCACCAAACCGCAGAGGAGGAAGUCACCUCUGCUGAAACAACUGCCUGUAGAGGAGCAGGGACUUGGGAUCAGAGAUUAUGAUUUUUCCAAAUUAGACGUAGGAGGGCCUGGCAGCCCAAGCAGGGCGGAGAUGUACCAGCAGCAGGUUCUUUCAGAUCGCGCUCGGGUACAGGGCCGCCGGUCGUCUCUCUUCCUGUCUGUUGAGGGCGCCGGGUCUGAAAACCAGGUGCCACCCCUGCUGACUUUGAGCCAUUCGAUGGACGACCUCGGGGAGCUUCCUCCUCCCGCCCAAGUUCUAUCGCCUUCCCCAACACCUCACACCUUCCUCCACCCACUAACGGGAAAACCUCUCGACCCGUCCUCCCCACUCGCCCUGGCUCUUGCGGCACGAGAACGAGCGCUCACUGCCAGAACCCCGAGUCCUGAGCCUCGAACUAAACACGCAUCUGCCUCCACGACACCCAUCCCCACCCCAUCCGCAAGCCCAGAGGGAAGACAUAAGCGCACCCCUAUCCCCACCCCUCAGGGCAGCCCUGAGCCCCGAUCCAAACGCACAACUCCACAGACGAGCCCAGAGCAGCGAACCAAGCGCACCACUCCUCAAACCAGCCCCGAGCUGAGGCAUAAACGCAUAACCCCGCCUCUGUUCCCUGAUGGACAGGUAGAACGUCCAGAGACAGAGGGAGGAGUAACAUCACCUGCUGGCCCAUCUCCUGAGCGUUGGAGACCCUCCCCCUUGCCACCACUGGCCAGUGAGAGUCACUCAGCUCUGAUUGACAGGCGCAGAAGCCUUACAGUGGGAAGCUCAGAGGAGGAGGGUGGGGCUUACACAGUGACACUCCCACCAGCAUUGUUGUCGUCCAGUGAUGAGGAAACUAGGGAGGAGCUGCGCAGAAUUGGUCUUGUGACUCCCCCCCCUGCCUUUGCCAGUCCUACUGCUCCUCCUCCCCCAUCCUCUCUUACCCUGUUACCACGGCGAGUGGGGGAGGGAGGGGGGGAGGGCGGUCCUGAGGAAGAAGGAAGUGAUGAACGGCUCCAUGACAGCUCCUCGCCCAGUUCACUCCCUCCCUCCAUUACCUUGGCCUCCCCUCCAGCUCCAGCUUCCCCCUCCUCCCCACCUGCUACUCACCAAUCUUCCUCGCCUGCCGUCACUUCCCCAUCAGGCCUAAAGCCUCGUCUUCGUUCACCAAUCGGCCGGGGUCGUUCUGCGCUUCGGGACCCGCUGCUGAAGCAAUCAUCAGACAGUGAGCUCCUCCCCUCCACUGCGUCCUCCUCCCCUUCUUCACCACUCUGUUCCUCCCCCACCAGCCGACAGCCACGCUACCUAUUCCAGAGGAGGUCCAAGCUGUGGGGAGGAGGGGAUGACCGCGGGGAGGAACGCCGGGGCCUCAGCCCAGAGGAAGGUGGGGGCCGUCCAGCAGCACUGGGAGGUCAGGGGUCGGGGUCGGUUGUGGAUCUGACCAGUCGCUCGGCAUCAGUAAUGGAGCUGAGUGGCCGGGCAGGUUCUGGACUGGAUCUGGUCAAUCGGUUACAGCUGCUCAACAAAGACAGUCAUUCUCUGGGGGAGGAGCCGAGCCCUCUUGACCCAGGCCGGCGGUCACCAGUAGGAGGUGCCAGAUGUGUGGACAGAGGAGAGAGUAAAUCGUUGUUCUCCAGUCUCGGUGAACUCCACACCAUCUCCCAGCGAGGAUAUGGCGCAAGUUACACAGUCCGACCAGGAAGUCGCUACCCUGUCACCCGCCGGAGCCCUUCCCCCUCUCCUUCCCCCUCUGAUAGGUCGAUAGGGCUCGCCUCCUCCCCCACCCCAUGUUCUGAAAGACCAGAUCUGAGCUCAGGUCGCGGUCUAACCAUCCUGAAGUCCUCCAGUCUAAGUCUCCCCUCAGAACCAAAGGAGGUUCGCUUUGUGAUGCGAAGUGCCAGCGCACGAACCAGGUCCCGUUCGCCUUCACCUUCCCCCCACGCCUCACCUUGCCCCUCCCCAGUACUCAGUGGCCCCCUGUUGGCCCUGAGGCCAUGGAGGCAGCGGCCCCUCAACCUGUGGAAUAAAUACGACGUGGGUGACUGGCUGGAGAGCGUAGGUCUAGCCGAACAUCGCCAGCGCUUCCAGGAGCACGAGAUCGAAGGCUCCCAUCUCCCCGCCCUCACCAAAGAGGACUAUGUGGAGCUUGGCGUCACCAGACUGGGGCACCGGAUCAACAUCGAGAGAGCACUGAGACAACUGCUGGAUGGUUCCACUUGACCCCGUAACUGCUGAUCACUAACCUCUAAACAUCCUGAACUGUGACCUCAUAACCCCUGACCUCUGGUCAGACUCUAGGCUAUCUCCUUGACCAUGAUAUCUUAGCAAUGACUGAAUCUUUAAACCUUUUUACCAACGCAGAGCCCAAACUCUCUGAAUGAUCUCUUUGACAUUUUGGCUCGUCAGCUGUUUGAUCAACUCCGUGUUGUGAAGAGUGGUAGCAUCAAGGUCUGAGUCCAGAGAGCCAUUCUUCAUUUUGACAUCUACUCACACUUAGUGUCCACUGAUCAAACUGUAAAAACCCUAAACUAAAUGUAUUAUGUCUCUAUUUAUAAUCUCAGAAGCCAACGAGGCAGCACCUGACUCUGGUGCCAUUUUGAUGAAUCAUCAUUUAGGUUAAGGCUACUUUCGUGCUACCUGUUAGCUCUUGAGCUUUUAGUUCGAAAGCAACCGGAGCAAUGAUGUGUUCGUACGACUUUGAGGUAAAAAGAGUCUGAAAAUAUGUCAAACCAAGCUGAGAUUGGAGAAGAAUAUUUAAAAGCGAUAAUCUUUAAGAUUUUUUAGGAGCCUCUUUGCCUUCGAUGAUACGUCACGUGCUACAUUAGCGUACGAGAUUCUUCACUGAACAACAAGCUGAACCUUCUCCACAGGUGAAGAUACGUUGAUCAAAAAGCUGAUGUGACAAACUGCGACAGACUUCAUGAGACAGGUUAUUUUCCUCUUUCCUGAUCACUCACACCUGAUUAGCUGGACUUUUGUUAGCGGAGCUGGACGAUUAGCGAGUCUCGAUCUUAACAACAGGAGAUUCUAGCGGAGGAUACGUCUCCGCUCCUUUUAAAAGAAAUCUUCUUGUGUCUUAGCAUUUUUUCUUUUUCCAAAUAUCACUCAUGAAGACUUUGUGUUGAUUUUUUUUGUCUGUAUCUUAAUUCCGAUCAUCUAGAACUUAUGAAUAACAAGUAAUAAUAAUGUGGUGGUGAUGACUUACAGAGUUUUAAUAGUUUGGACAAUGACUAUGAGUUACUUAUGAUUUGACAAUGAGUUGAAUUUCAAGGUCGUUUCGGUGAUGUUUGAGAAUUCAUGAUGAUUUGUCAAUGAGUAUGACUUUGUGCUGAUGUGCUGUGUGUUUCAGGGAGAGCUGCAGUCGAGCUCCAACUGUAAACCUCUCUGGUUUCUAACCUGCUUAUCGAGGGCUUACUGUACAUGGUGCUAUGUGUUUAAAGCCAUCUGUACAGAAAAUACCUUUCUCCUUCCCCUUCUACACUUUCCUCACACCGACACCUGAAUCUCUUAGGUUAACCCCUGUAACUCAAAUGAGUAAUUCUUAAAUUAAAUAUGGCUGUACCUGCCGC